AUGACCUUGGCGUGCGCGGAUCGCCUGGGAUUAAAACGGUCCAAAUGGACAGCACCUAUAACGGGUCUUUCCGGUGUUCAAGUCCCUAAAUUGAACGGUGUGGUAAAAUGUACCAUCGCACCGCGGUAUGAUGAUAAUACAAAAAUCCAGGUAACAGCUUGGGUCCUGCCCACGAUAACUACUCACAUGCCGUCUCGUCAUCUGCCCAAGCACUGUAAACACCAAUUUUCGCAUUUGGCUCUAGCUGAUCCUAGCUUUGAUCUUCCGGCACCUGUUGAAUUGUUGUUGGGAGCCGACGUGUUUUCCCAGAUAUUAGACGGAAAACGCGUGGUCAUAGACAAGUCGUUGCCCACUGCAUUCGGCUCUUUAUUCGGGUGGAUUCUGAUCGGCCCUGUCCCUGAUCACGAGCCCGAUCGAAUCUGUUCAAAUGUUGUUUCACUCACGGUAUCACUCGAGAAUCUAGUUGAACGUUUCUGGCGUGUCGAAGAACCUGACCCUGCUCCAGUGAUGUUCACUGAUGAAGGCAAGUGUGAAACUAUCUACUUAACCGAACGUGUGCGCGAUGAUAGUGGUCGAUUCGUGGUUCCAUUGCCCUUCAUAGAAUCCGGCAAGGAAGAACGUUUUCUAGGAUCUCGACAAAUGGCUUUGCGUCGAUUCCAAAACCUAGAGCGGAAACUUCAAGCUAAUCCAGCUUUGAAUCAAGCAUACACAGCUUUUAUGAGUGAUUAUGAAUCACUAGGGCAUAUGUCUAUCGCUUCUAGUCCUGGUGAUUACUUCAUACCUCACCAUCCUGUCUUUAAAGGUGAUGUUGCAACUAGCAAAAUUCGAGUGGUAUUUGAUGCUUCGGCCACUACUUCAUCCAACCGUUCCUUGAAUCAGUGUCUUUUAACUGGUCCAAAGCUUCAGCAGGAUAUUGUUGAUAUCAUGCUUCGAUUUCGUAUACAUCAAUUCACCUUCACAGCAGAUGUGUGUAAAAUGUAUCGACAAAUACUGGUACUUCCACAAUAUCGGACAUACCAACACAUCUUAUGGCGUGCGUCACCGUUGGACGAACUUAAGGAGUACCAACUGAACACGGUUACUUACGGAGUGAACUGUGCUCCUUACCUAGCGUUGCGAGUUCUGAAGGACCUUGCCGACAAUUGUUGUGCAGAGUUUCCUGGUGUCAAACAGGCCUUAACCUACCAAACUUACCUUGACGAUAUUUGUGUUGGCGCCGACAGCACAAGUCAACUGUUGACAUUGAAAUCUGACUUGAAAUCUGUUCUGAGUACCGCUGGUUUUGAGCUGAAAAAAUGGUCUAGUAAUGACCCUCAGAUUCUGGCUACUAUUCCACAAGAUGAUCGUGUCCAAACGAUUUUACAGAUCGACGACCCUGAGGCAGGAUUGGUCAAGGUUCUCGGUUUAAAUUGGGACUCUUCCGAAGAUACAUUUGGUUUUGAAGUCUCUUCUUCGUGUGAUGUCCUGACCAAACGCGCCGUUCUGUCAACCAUUGCCAGAAUAUUUGAUCCAAUUGGCCUUAUUGCUCCAGUAGUUUUCUAUGCCAAGCAUAUAUUGCAGAAAAUCUGGAAGGCAGGAUUAGCUUGGGAUGCGCCUCUUCCGUCCGACUUGACUGAGGAUUGGAAAAUCUUUGUCCAAGAUCUCCAUACAUUGACUAAAGUCAAGAUUCCGCGUUUUCUGGCUACAAAAAAUGGUUCCCAUGUCCAGCUCUGCGGCUUUUGUGAUGCUUCAGAGCAAGGCUACGCAGCAAUCGUCUAUCUUCGUUUGAUUCAGCCAGAUGGAUCGGUCUCCAUUUCCCUUCUAGGGUCCAAGACAAAAAUGGCGCCCAUGAAGAAGAUCACUGUACCUCGACUUGAAUUGUCUGCUUCUGUUCUAUUGGCGCGAUGGAUGGCUCGCGUCAAAGCGACACUUGAACAUCAACUCGUUAUCACUAAUGUUGUUGCCUGGUCUGACUCACAAAUAGUUUUGUCUUGGUUGAUCAAUCCACACUCUUUGUUCAAAAUAUUUGUCUCUAAUCGAGUGCACCAGGUGCAUCAACUGUUACCAUCGUGCAAAUGGGGAUAUGUACGAACUGACGAUAACCCGGCUGAUUGUGCUUCGCGCGGAAUGCAGCCCUCAGCCCUUAUGCAGUUCCCCCUGUAUUGGUAUGGGCCUAAAUUCUUACGUCAUUCUGAAGAUACCUGGGACCUUUCGCCUUGUAUAAUGUCCUUAGAAGAACUGCCUGAAACAAAAGGCGUUUCCUUAGCUGUGCAACUCGACACCGAUGGCGAAUGGUUCUCACGUUUUUCUUCAUACACCAACAUGCUCAGAGUCGUCACAUGGAUGCGUCGUUUUAUCGGAUUAUGUCAAGGUAAGACUUAUUCCAAUGCCUGUCUAUGUCAAUCGGAAUUGACUGAUUCCCUAACAGUUCUUGUCAAAGCGUCUCAAUUACAGACACUGGGGAAAUUGCUACACAAUUUGCAGCAUGAUCACGCGCCACCUCGAACGUUUGCAGUGCUCCGCCCAUUCAUUGAUCCUUGUGGCUUGAUUCGUGUCGGUGGUCGUUUGGCACAUGCUGAUUUAACAGAAGCUCAAAAGCAGCCAAUAUUACUGUCGAAGACAUCUUAUCUUUCAUUACUUAUUGUCCGGCAUUGGCACCUUGUGACGUGCCAUUCGGGACCUAGAGUUAUAACAGCUUUAAUCGCUCGUCAAUUUUGGAUUGCGUCUGUGCGGUGCGUGAUCAGGAAAGUCAUUGGUUCAUGUACCAUAUGUGUCAGAGCAAUUGCUCAAACUCAAACUCCUGUCAUGGCUGAUUUGCCCGCGGUACGUGUUCAAGCUUGCCGACCGUUCUCCCGUGUUGGGAUUGACUACGCUGGUCCCUUGCCAAUGCGCGAAUGCCGCUUGCGGAAGGCAAGACAAUAUAAAGUGUAUGUCGCUGUAUUCGUAUGCAUGGCCGUGAAGUCGGUGCAUUUAGAAAUAGUAUUGGACUUGACUACUGAUGCGUUCUUGGCCGCACUCGAUCGUUUCGUUGCGCGACGUGGUCUUCCGCACGAAAUAUUCUCAGAUUGCGGGACCAAUUUUGUUGGAGCGUCAAAACAAUUGCGUCAAUUAGUGAACCAUCCUGAAAAUCAUCACAGACUGUCUUCCCACUCUUCGUGUACGUGGAUUUUCAACCCACCAAGUGCUCCGCACUUCGGUGGAUUGUGGGAAGCUGCAGUACGCUCGUUCAAGACUUUGCUAACCCGUGUCAUGGGUAGUCAUAACCCGUCACUCGAGGAAUUAUCUACCAUUUUAUGCCGCAUCGAAGCGAUCUUAAACUCGCGGCCACUCACUCCGAUGUCAUCGUCGCCUCUUGAUCUCGACUACUUGUCUCCGGGGCACUUUUUAAUUGGACAACCUCUGCUCGCUGUUCCUGAACGUCAUAUACCCGAGGACAGUCGGAAAAUUGUCAAUCGUUGGAAGUUACUUCAUCAGUUUCAUCAGUCGUUUUGGCGUCGAUGGUCCAGUGAAUACCUGUGUUCAUUACAGGCACGAACAAAAUGGACAAACAAUGUUCCUAACCUCAAAGACGGAGACAUGGUCGUGAUUAAAGACAACCAGAGUCCUCCUACAGCGUGGCGUCUAGGUCGGGUCUUGAGUGUCAUGCCUGGAGCUGAUGGCGUUGUGCGUGUAGCUAGAGUGUUGACGGCCCAGGGUGAGCUUACCAGACCAGUUGUAAAAUUGGUGCUGCUGCCCACAGAGUAG